UGCAUCUUCAAUCUAGAAGCCAUUGACACGAAACAUUCCAGUCGCUCACCAUACAAAGCCACCCCACAAGCACUACAAUCAUGGACCCCUACUCGCCCGAGGGAGAGCUCAUAAACAUCCACUCGGCCUUCCACGCUGGCGCCUACCAGCAGGUUCUCGACUUCGAUACUUCAAAUUUCUCCUCGUCAAAUGCGCUUCCCGUUCGCGUCCUCCAGCUCCGCAGUCAAAUCGCGCUCGGCCAAGCACAAGCCGUGUCCAACGAACUCGCAUCCGAGAAGACACCAGAUCUGAUCGCAGUGAAGCUACUAGCCGACUAUGAGCAGUCCAAGGACGUAUUAAGCCAGGCGAAGAAGCUGACAGAGCAACAUGGGCAGGACAACUUGACGGUGCAGCUUUGCGUGGGCAUGAUAUUAGAAAGGGCGGGCGAGACUGAGGCCGCGCUCAAUGUGUUGAGCAAGCACCAAGGCAGUUUGGACGCCGUUGCACUCAUCGUACAAAUCCACCUCCAACAAAACCGCACAGAUCUCGCUGCAAAAGAGGCUCAGCGUGCACGGAAAUGGGCACAAGACAGCCUGCUUGUCAACAUCGCAGAGAGCUGGGUUGGCAUGCGAGAAGGCGGCGAGAAGUACCAAUCUGCAUUCUACGUCUUCGAAGAGCUAGCCACGAGCUCUCAAUCCACCUCCCCACACUCCCUCGUCGCACAGGCCGUAUCAGAACUCCACCUCGGCCGCCUCCCGGAAGCCGAAGCCGCUCUACAACAAGCGCUUUCCAUCGACGGCACUUCUGCCGACACACUCGCCAACCUCAUCGUCCUUAACACGCUGCUUGGUAAGAAGGAGGACGCUGAGCAACUGAAGUCACAACUGCAAUCUUCGGCACCACAGCAUAGGGCUAUUGCAGACUGGGCGAGCAAGAAAGAGGAGUUUGCAAAGGCGGCAGCAAAAUACACGCCAAAGUUCGAGGUUGCCUCAUAGGAGGAGCGGGUAGUGCACGGAGAGAUGUAUGCUGAGGGUAAUGCUUUCGCGCAUUUGGUGUCUACGGGAGUAGCCCAAGAUUAGGCGUAGGGAGAUAUGGUUCGAUGUACACCCCUCGAGAUGAAAGUGACAAUACUGAGUCGAGACUAGACGCUUGUCAGUCUCUAUAGUGCAUUAAGAUUCGUCGAGACCACACAUGGCUUGAGAUAUCAUAGCAAGACUUUGAAAGUCCUCGAGACCGCAGUACCUAGACCUUCGUAUUAUCUGUCACUGAUCUCACUCAUACACUUUUUCAAGGGUAAACGACCACUAACCUCAUCAUUAGCAAUCUCCAAUGGGAACCAAGUACCCCACCACAUGUAUUCUACUCAUCUACGGCUCAAUCUUACCCGAAAGCGCCACGCGCCAUUUCGUAUGGCUGGCCUUACAGGCUGCCUGCAAGCAUC